AGAGCCGGAGACCUGCAUUUUCAGAUCCCAUCCACACACAAACGCUCACAGGGAGAGGGAGGGAGAGAGAAGCUCGAUCGACACCGAUGGAGUCCACGGCGGUGAGCAUCGGCAAGUCUGUGCUGAAAGGAGCGGUUGGGUGCGCCAAAUCCGCCGUCAUGGAGGACGCGGCCAUGGAGCUCGGAGUCCAGCACGACAAGGCCUUCAUCACGGACGAGCUGGAGAGGAUGCAAUCUUUCCUGAUGGUGGCAUACGAUGAUGAGAGGGACGAGCUAAGCAAGGUGGUCGCGACCUGGGCGAACCAGGUCCGCGACGUCGCCUACGACGUCGAGGAUGGUUUCCAGGACGUUGUCCUCCGCGUCCACGGGCAAACCUGGUGGGGCAUCCCUCGCACGAUCCUCGACCGGCGCCAUGUCGUCCAGCAGAUGAAGGAGCUGCGUGCCAAGGUGGAGGACGUGAGCCAGAGGAAUGCAUGCUACCGCCUCAUCGACGGUGCGUCCAAAGCUCCAGACCUCUCCAUCAACACCGGCGCUACUGAUGCCAUGCUCGGCGUUGAUGAAGCAACAAGACAUGCCAUGAAUCAGCAUGAAUCAAGACCAGGGAUAGAUCUUGCCCAGCUGAUCGUCAGGUAUGGCGCGGGCUCGGGCUCGGGCCAAAUUGGAGUGAUCGGAGUGUGGGGAACAAGUGGCACCGCUGGGCAUACCUCCAUCAUCCUAGAGGCCUAUGACAAUCCAACCAUAAAAGUGAAAUUUCCAUGCCGCGCGUGGGUCAGAGUGACGCGGCCUUUCCAACCCCAAGAGUUUGUCCAAAGUAUGGUGGAACAGUUUCAAGAAGAGAACGAAACUUUUCUAGAGGUGGCUGAUUCUCCUUUGGAGCUGGAGCUGGAGCUGGAGGAGGCAAAGACGGGUCGAGAGCUGGCGCGCCAAGACGGCACGCACGUCAACAAGAAGAGGUACCUCAUUGUGCUUACGGACCUAUCCACCAUGGAAGAGUGGCACCAGAUCAUGGCUUGCUUGCCCGAAAACAAAAUGGGGAGCCAAAUCGUAGUGUCCGCGGAGCGAGUUGAAGUUGCAAGCUUGUGUCCAGGCCAGAAAAGUAAGGUUUCCAAGCUGAAGAAAUUGUCUGCUGAGCAGACCAUCUAUGCUUUCCACCAGCAGGUACUAGCUAAUUUUCAAGACACAAAAUAUUCAUCAAAGGCAGCGUCAAGCUUAGUGUUACCCCACACCAUUGAGAAUGAGAUACAAGAAGGCCAAUCUUAUUCUGAAGAUGAUGAAAUGACAAUGAUCCAAGAGAGCCUCACACACACCAGUAAUGUGCAAGGUCCUCUAGAGGAAUUUCAGCUUAUUGGGCGGGAGAAAGAAAUAUCUAAUAUUAUUGAAUUGAUUCAAGAACACUCUAGCACCCAACAAAUUCAGGUCAUUGCAAUGUGGGGAAAGGGUGGUGUUGGGAAAAGCACUCUAAUCAGUGAUAUUUACCAUAGCCAAGAGGUCAAUCAAAUGUUUGAAAAACAUGCCUAUGUCACGGUCUUGCAACCUUUCAAAAUUGAGAAGCUCCUUAGCAGCUUAAUAUUUCAACUAGAUGCAAGGAAAGUUGCUUCAACGAAAGUUGAAGACUUUACUGGACUGCUGGACUGGUGUUUACAAGAAAAGAGUUGCUUGAUUGUUCUUGAUGACCUCUCGUCUACCAUGGAAUGGGAUAUAAUAUUGCCAUGUUUGCUUGCAAUGAAUAGUCCAAGCUUGGUCAUUCUGAUCACCACAAGGCAUGAGGAUAUUGCUAAGCAUUGUUGCAAAAACCCAAAGUGCGUAUGCUUGCUCAAUGGUCUAGACGAAAAGGGUGCUUGUGACCUCUUCACAGAAAAGGUAUUUAAGGAUAAAGCCACAGAUUUAACUAAGCAUUAUCCUGAAUUGGUUGAACCCGCAAAUCUGAUCCUAAAGAAGUGCAAUGGACUUCCCCUUGCGAUAAUCACCAUAGGUGGAUUUUUGGCGGAACAACCAACAAAAACUUGCGGAGAGUGGAUGAAACUGGAUCGAUGUAUCAGUCUGGAGAUGGAGAUGAAUCCAAAGUUUGAGGGCGUAAAAACAGUCCUUAUGAAAAGUUAUGAUGGCCUACCCUAUUACCUCAAGUCCUGCAUCUUGUACUUAUCCAUCUUCCUUGAAGAUCGCAUAGUUAGCCGGAGACGUUUGGUGUCCCGAUGGGUUGCGGAAGGUUACUCAGAGGAUACAUCCACGGCCAAAAGAUACUUCAUGGAACUUCUAGAGAGAAGCAUGAUAUUACCAACUCAGAUUUCACUUUGCAGCACACAAGGAACUGACUCAUGUCAAGUACAUGAUCCGAUCCGUGAUAUCAUCAUAAAAAAGUCAAUGGAGGAAAAUCUUGUUUUCAGGCUAGAGGAAGGAUGCAACUCAAACAACCAAGGCACAUUCCGUCACCUUGCCAUAAGCAGUAAUUGGGAUGGAGACGAAGGUCAGUUUGAGGCCACCAUGAAGUUGUCAUGUAUACGGUCAUUGACGGUGUUUGGCAAGUGGAGGCCAUUUUAUAUUUCUGACAAGAUGAGAUUUCUUCGUGUGCUGGACCUCGAAGGAACUAAAGAUCUAGCCGAUUAUCACCUUGAGCACAUUGGGAAUCAUCUUCAUCUGAGAUACCUUUCUCUAAGAGGGUGUGAAGGAAUAUAUUACCUGCCAGAUUCAGUGGGUAACCUGCGACAACUUGAGACACUAGACAUCAAAUAUACAAGAAUAACGAGGCUGCCAAGAACCAUCGCCAAGCUUAGCAAGCUAUGUCAACUGAAAGCUGGCAAUGAAUCCUAUAUCGGAGAAGAACGGCCAUCACUAGCAUGCUGUGUACCUUUCGCUUGUUGUUGCGCAAUGGUCAUACAAGCUUAUGCUGUUAAGGUGCCAGUAGGGAUCGGGGAACUGAAAUCCCUGAACACACUGCAAUGUGUGCACCUUGAAUGGGAAAAUGCCAUCAUACAAGAGAUAGAAGGUCUCACCAACCUCCGCAAGUUAGGAGUGUUUGGCAUUGAUAGGGGUAAUGGCCCGGAGUUUUGUUCAGCCAUUUCAGGUCUCGACCACCUUGAAUCUUUGUCAGUGCGGUCAGAGGUAUGGGAUUUAUGUGACAUCUUGAAUGGCAUGUCCUCGCCUCCAGAAAAUCUCCGGAGCCUCAAGCUUCUCGGUUGGAUGGAUGAACUGCCGCAAUGGAUCAAGGUGCUCCAGAAUUUGCUGAAGAUUAAGCUAGAAUCCACCGAGGUGUCUAUAAACGAUGAAGAAUUGCGAAUCCUUGGGAACAUACCAAACCUAUCCAUUCUGUCUAUCAAGGAGAAAUCGUUCCAGAGUGCACUACCUAUCACUUUCCAUAGUGGCCUUUUCAGAAGCCUCGUGACGCUCGAGCUUGUUUACAUGGACGUGGAGGUCGGAUCGUUGGAGUUCAAGGCAUCAUCAAUGCCCAAACUCGAGGUGCUGAACCUGCGACUUAUCGAUUGUAAAAUUGGCUUUUUUGGACUGGAAUUUCUCCCAAGCAUCAAGGAAGUGCGGCUCUUGGUCGUCGUUACCCCAACACUCAUCGCACUCAAGGAAAACAUGACCGAAGAAGAAGCGGAAGAGGAGGCAAGACACAGGGAAGACAAAGUCAAGGCGGACAUGAGGAAGCAGCUCGCCAACAAUGAAAACUGCCCCAUUAUGAACGAGCUAGGUCCACAAAUUGUUUUCUGAACCUACUAUGCUGCAAAGGAGAUUCAAUCCGCGGGCAUAUGUCGGCGAGGGGUCUCGACUUGUUGCCCUACUUGCCAGUGUGUUUCUUUAUGUUCCAGUUUGGGCGGCGGUUUCGUCUUAUCUUGUGUAGUUUCUGAGUUGUAAGUUCAUGUGUAAUUGUUCUUUUCAUUUUCCUUGUUCUGGCCUUGGGCAAUAACUUCGUAACUGGACAUCACUUCUACUUUGGCUUGCCAUUACCUCUGUGUAGUUCUUCUUCGACCAUAUUU